AACCUCCACCACCAUAUCGUUGCGAAUAGAUUACAUAUCGUUUUGCGCGAAAUCCCUAUAAAUUGGCAAUGACCGUACUGGGUCUAAAUAAAAUUCUUUUAAGGAGUUACGCUUCAUGGGAACCUUUCUUUCUGAAAGAUACUAAAGUUGUUGUGGACGCUGACGACUUAGUUGGUUUUCUACAUGAUAAAUUUUCUACAGGACUGUAUGGUGGUGAGAAUCUUUCUUUUUACAUGGUUGUACGCUCGUUCUUUUUGAAGUUGCAAUGUUCGAAUGUGGAGCCGUACUUCAUUUUAAGGGGUUGCUGUGACAUGAAAGAUAAAAAAUUAAAGCAAAAACAGCAGAGAGAAAUCAAUUUGUUAUCACAACUUAUCACAGCCUUAAAAUUAAAUGCACUUGAUGAAAUCCCCCAAGUACUCAGUUUAUCAGCUAGGGAUGUAUUUUUGUAUGCUUUAAAUGAAUUCCAAUGGAGGUGUGUUAGAGUUAAAUCUUUUCCUACAACUGUUUGUACCGCUAUUGCUAUAAUUUUACAAUGUCCAGUUAUUGGUUUAUCAUCUGAUUAUUAUAUACUUAUGUCGAAGAGACAAAAUAUUCUUAAUAAUUUAAUUUCUCAACCAUAUUCGAAUCCGACAUUUCUUACACUUCAUUUGGCCAAUCUAAAUUUAAGUCUAUCAAGUGGUUCCAGUAAAAGUAAUGGUGAAAAAGAGAUGCUGUUUCACAAAUUUAUUCCUAAACUUUCAAUUUUAGCGAAAUCUUCAGAUUUUCAUUUGCCUCUUUUAGCUGUGUUACUUGGUACAGAUGUUGUGUCUAAUGUAAAACUCCCAUUAGAAUUACGAGAAAAGUUACAAACAAACAAUUCGACAAUAAAUUAUUCACAACAUCGAUUGUCUGUACUCCUUGAAUGGUUUUCACAGUUCGAUUCAAAUUCAAUUAAACCAUUAGAAGAUGUUAUUAACUGUUAUCCAGUUGAACAGCGCACUUCUAUAAUAAACGAUAUGAUACAUGGCAUCUCUCGUUUUGUUUGCCCUCUAGAAGAAACUAAAAAUGUUAUGAGUCUAUUAAGUGAUAAAAGUUACUUUAAUGAUACUUCAACAAAUACAUUUACAACUAUUAAAUCAGCGUUCAGAUCUGGUGGAAGUGUUGAGGAUGUGAUUGAUUCACUAAAAGGUAAAAUUGCAGCAUACUUGUGGCAUGAAGACUAUACAAAUGGGUGGCCUCCUCGUCUUCUUUAUAAUUUCAGGAAGGGAAUAUUAUUUUCAAAACCAUCUAUUUAUUCAUCUCGAGGUGUUUUUCUUACCACCAUAAUUGAAGAUCCGAAAUGCCCAUUCUCAGUGCAUAAAACAUCAUUCUUAAUUCGAAGAUUACAAUAUCAAAUUUAUGUGUCAUUGGAACGCAGUUUAAGUAUGGAAAACAAACUUGUUGGAUUAAAUCCUGAUGUUAUUGAAUAUAUGAGACAAAAUGAUAAAUUAGUGAUGUAUCGAAUCCCAGUCAAACAUAUUCCUUUAGAUUUCAGCAAAGUUAGCACAGAUGAAGUUAUUAAAGAUAAUCUGGGUUUCAUCAAACUAUCGGAAAACAAUUUGAUCCCUAAGUUCCUUUACAGUUUAGCAGUAGUUUUAACAUUUUGGUUUCAACAACUAAAGUAUACUUCUAUUGAGAUCCCUUCUGUGUUUAGUGAGUCGUCUGUUGGACUUGCUGUAGCUUCUUGUGCUGUCGCAAAUAUAUACAACGAUGGUUCGUCUAUUAGCGAAUUAUGUGAAUUUUAUGAUAAUCUAAGCAGAAUGCCUGAUCAGUUAUCUAUUUCAGGUAGCAAUUCUACUAGUUUCAGAACUGAUAUUGUACACAGCUUUAAUGCUAUACAGUCAACUUUCAACAGUUUUAAAGAUUUGGUUACAACUCUCAACUGUCUUGUGCCAGAGAAUAAACAGUCAAAUUACUUCACUUUUGCACAGUCUUGGAUACUGUUUCCCUCUGGAAAGCUGGUACAUUUUUUAGCUACUCAGUUAGCUGCUUUAAAGCCCUGUAGUAGACGCUAUUCAGUCAUAAGAGUAUGGCUUCCGAAACUUCUCUUUAUUAAAGAAAGAAAUCCCGAUGCAACAUCUCGGCUGACCAAAGUGAUAAAUACUUUAAUCACUUUUAUCGAUCUUUGUGAUAUGAUUAAAAUUAGUCUCCCAUCAUCUUUAGAUUCAUUUUAUAGCAUCCAUGAAUUAGAAAGCAAUUAUGUCCGUGAAACGAUACAUCCGGUUCCUAACCUAUGUGAUCGAAACAAUACAAAUCUAGGUGAUAAACCAAGUAAUUUAUCACUUAAUGUAAUAUUUCCUUGUGGCUGUCGAGAAAAAAGAGAAAACAGAACGAGUAACAAAAGGAUUUAUAAUAAACCAUCUGAAAAUAUUGUGCAUAAUGCUCAAGUACGUUAUCUUUUCAACCUAUGGAAAAACCUAGAACAGCGACACACAAAUCAUCUAGAAACAUAAGCUGUUAAGAAUAUUUUAGAAAGUCUAAUCCUGUUCACAUGUAACAAGUUGUAGUACACUGAUUUUUAAUUAAGUAAAUACUUUCUUUUUUGUGUUUGGAUCAUUAACAGAUGUAUCCAUAUUAUCGAAUGAAAGAAUAUCUCUUUUCUAAUCUUCAUUUUUUAUAUAUUCAUGAGUCUAUUUGACCGCUAUACCGGUUGCUCUUAUUAUAUCUAAUUUUAUAUAUAUCAAAGAAUUUAAGUUAAUACUACUUUUUAUCUUU